GUGAGAGAUGAGGACUGAGAGAUGAAGGUAGGAGAUCGUUUUAGAGAUAAACCAGUUUCUGCACAUAUGUGAUAUAAGAGGAAGUAAAUAGUGGUAGAUGAUCCAAGAACCCACUGGUUUUUUCACAAUCUUCCUGGACCAAGAGGAACAUGAGAUUAUCCCUGGAGAAGUGGAUCCUGUUCCAGUUGAAUUCCAAAAGUUAAGUCUGUUUCUAUUCUGAAACUCUCCUGGCUGCUGCUUUUUGUUUAUUAAUCACACUUCUUUGAUUUGGAUUAUUUGUAUUUAAAUAAUUCAUCAACAAAUGAAUAUUCCAGUUACAUAAAUCACAUUACUGAGGGUGUGGAGGAUUCUUCCAGCUGCUUCCAGCUGUUUUCAGUGCAGUAUCAAACUGUGUUUAUUGGGCUGUUGUAAGGUAAAGCAGAGUUCAGACACAAAUCUUUGAUAACAGAUUCCCUGGAUGUUUCACUGGGAGCUUCCACAUGUAAAAUUCAUAGAUUUAUUAUCCACAAAGAACAGACUGACUGAAAUGAUUGAUAAUUAUAAUCAGUCUCUUUCUUAAAUAUAUUAAAUUCAAGCACUUCCAUCUAAUAAACUUUUAAUAUCCAGCUCUUCCUUUUCUGAUACUAAUGAAUAGAAAUGAAUAGAAAUAAUCUAUUGGGCUUUUGUCUGUAAUUUAAUCUAUGUUGUUUUGUAUUGUAUCUGGACCUUGAGUCUGAAUAAUAAAUGUCAUUCAUUUAUAUAUUCCUUUCCAAUGUACAUUUUAAUACAUUAUGCAUCUUCUCAGUAAUGUCUGUGUUGAAGUUGCUGUUAACUUUUGCACAGUGACGGUGUGUGACUGGGACCCACAGAAUGGAGGUGGAUGUAAAUGUAUAUCCCAGUGGGUGUCCGUGCCUCCCUCUGUCUCCCCCUCCUCCCUCCUCCCUCUCUCUCUUGCUCACAUGCACAUUGAAGCUGCACCAGAGGAAAAACCCAACAGAGAAUCAAACAGUCAGUGUGUGCAUGGUGUUGUCACCGUGUUUGGUGGAAACACUGUCACUCCUCUCGUGUGUUAUCACCUGGAACCUAAACACUCAGUAUGUCACGCCUGCCUGCCUCCUCUGAGCCGCCGUGUUGAUUCAUGUCACCAUGAGCGCACAUAACAAGUCUUCAGAGAAAAGGAAUGGCUCCAAAAACAAGCUGGAUAAGUUUUUAAAGGAGAGAAAAGGCACCUUUCCUCUGCUGAUCAAGACGUCACGACCGGAGGCUUUCCCUCACCCCCACAGACUCCCAGCAGAGGGAAACCGGCUCGGAACAAACCGUUCCUGCUCACAGAAGUUUGGCCCGGGUGUAGGGACGUUGCCCCAGCUCGAGCCACCGGUGGUCCAGGUGGUGGUCAGCAAUGCCAAAAACCAGCACCAGCAGUCAGACAACAUCCUGCCCCAAAUCGCCAACAAGGGGGUUCAGAACAACUUCCAGACGCACACGGACGAGAGGCCGAAGCCCGCCCAGCAGUUCAGCAUGCGGUUCGGUGGACUGACGGAUAAAGUGUCCGUCUCUCGCAACAGCAAGAUGUCCAGCAACAAGCAGGAGAAGGAGAAGGCAUAUGAGGGACAGAGACUACCCAUGUCACACAUAGAGGCACUGAAGAACUUCCAGAAGCGGCUGACGGCGUUCGAGCAGGAGGAAAUCGCAGACUACAGCGAGCUCUGGUUCCUGGGUCUGGCCUCUCAGAAGAUCGAGGGUUCCCAAGGAGCGCCGCAAAACUCCGGAUAUGACGACGAGCACGGGAGUUACAUCAGGGUGCUGCACGACCACAUCGCCUACAGGUUUGAGGUUCUCGAGGUGAUCGGGAAAGGCUCCUUUGGGCAGGUCCUGAAAUGUCUGGACCACAAAACCAAUGAACUCGUAGCCAUCAAGAUGAUUCGCAACAAGAAAAGGUUUCACCACCAGGCUCUGGUGGAGCUGAAGAUCCUGGAUGUGAUCAAGCGGAAAGACAAGGACAACCUCCACAACGUCAUCCACAUGAAGGAGUACUUUUACUUCCGAAACCACCUCUGCAUCUCCUUUGAGCUCCUCGGGGUGAACUUGUAUGAGCUCAUCAAAAAAAACAACUUCCAGGGCUUCAGUCUGGCUCUCAUCCGACGCUUUGCUCACGCGCUGCUCAGGUGCCUGCAGAUGCUGCACAGGGAGAAGAUUAUCCACUGUGACCUUAAACCGGAGAACAUUCUUCUUUCUCAGAGAGGACCAGGGAACAUCAAGGUCGUGGACUUUGGCUCGAGUUGUUAUGAGCAACAGAGAGUCUACACCUACAUCCAGAGCCGCUUCUACCGCUCCCCAGAGGUCAUCCUGGGUCACCCGUACAGCAUGGCCAUCGACAUGUGGAGUCUGGGCUGCAUCCUCGCGGAGCUCUACACAGGCUAUCCUCUCUUUCCUGGAGAGAGCGAGGUGGAGCAGAUAGCUUGCAUAAUGGAGGUUCUCGGGAUGCCUCCAAAUGAUUUUGUUCAGUCGGCGUCGAGGAGGAGGUUGUUCUUCGAUUCCAAAGGAAACCCGAGGAACAUCACCAACAGCAAGGGGAAGAAGCGGAGGCCGAACUCCAAGGAGCUGUCGGCUGCUUUGAAAACCAAUGAUGCUCUGUUCCUGGACUUCAUCAAACGCUGCCUCACUUGGGAUCCGUCCAAGCGACUGAGUCCCGACGAGGGUUUGCAGCACGAGUGGAUCCUGGAGGGGAACUUCAACAGAGUGCGGCCGAGAACCAGGCCGGCGGUGAAGAAGACCUCGGACAGUUCCACCAGCACAGACAGACCGACUAACAGCAGGCCUGGGGAGAAGGUCGCCUCUGACAGCAGCACCGACAACCAGCUGAAGAGAGACAGCUCGGAAACAGGAACCAACACGGAACCUGCCGAGCGGCUGCGGCCCAUCGGGGCCUCGGCGGAGGAGGAGGUGUGCGAGGGCGACGGGAAAAACUCCACGGACGCCAGACAGCAAGGAGGUGGUGAAAGGCCCGUUCACAUCUUCAUCAAACCGCAGGAGGAAGUGGGCUCCGAGAGGAAAGACAGCCAGGAGCCAUCUCAGUGUUUGCCACCUAUCAUGUAACAGUCUGAGGGGAAAUGAGCUGCGUUCAUGACGAGUGGGAACCGGGGACAUUCGCAGUUCUCCCACGUCCCACCUGAGUGAGGCAGUGGCAGUGAACGGACGGCUGAGGGAAAGUGGCGUUUGUUUGACUCUGCACACGCUGAGAAUGUUAAAGAUCCUCCAUGUUGCUGCUGCGUCUACAUGAGGUCGAAAAGCAACGCGUGAGAGAUGUGAGACUUCCUGAGAUUCAGGUGGAAGAAGCUGCUCGAACCCAAGUUUCCUACCAGGUCCCACCGGCCAUGAACUAAACCCUGACGUGUGGUGGCAGAGAUCUCCUUUUUAUUGUCGUCUUUGUGGAUUAUUUAGAUUCUGUGAAGCUUUGAGUUUGUGUGACUGUGACAUCAAUCAACCACUUCUUGUUUUAUAUAAGGGAGUGAAGCUGUCGAUGGAAGUCGUCCGUGCUGAGUUUAGAUCGAAUGGUUCAAUAUCUUCAUCGUUGUUUCCGCUGUCCCUGUCUCCUGUGUUAUUUAUUGAACCCAAUCUUUGCUGUGCAUUGACAUCUCAUUUUUCUAGAGCGCUCGUACCCCCACCAACAGUCAAUUCAUUCAAGCUGCUCCAGACUUCACAGACUAAUAGAUAUCAGUCUCUUAAUUAUGCCGGAUUUUUAGUCAUCCAGAGCCCUGAAUUAUUCCCUGGGAAAUGGUUGAAAAUGUCCACAGAAAAACAUCAAAUGCAAUUCAACAGUAAUAUUCCUGGAUCAUAUCCUUCCUCCAUGUUUGAUCCAAAUCCACCCGGUGGUUUGAACCCUGCUGACAAACAAACAACAACAAAGUGCAAAUCGGUUUUUGCUUUUUUUUUCUCUUCGUUUUCAAACAUUUUCGCUUCACUUCAAAACAAACACUUUCGUGAUGUAAAGAGAUUUGAAGGAUUUUUGUGCAAUAAAGGCUGAGCCAAAAAAAAAUACUUUCUUUUUUUUAAUCAUGUUGACAAGCAAGUUAUUAUCAUGUACUUUGUAAUUGUAGAUUGCAUUUGAUUACCUAGUGAUUAUUGCUUUAUUUAUUAUGAAAUAUGUUCGAUCCUAUGUUCAAUAUUUGUGCAACAAUUUAAUUGACGGUCAUAAAGUAUGUAUUUGUAAUAGAAUGUGUUGUACAUAUUUCUGUUCUUUCUUAUGUAUGUGUAAUACAAGACUUAUUUAAGAAAAAAUAUUUUAAGAUAUUUGUGGAGGGUUUAGACAAGGUUUUACUUGUUGUGUUGUCACUAUAUGGAAACAUUAUGUCCAUGUUAUUCAGGAUAUUUUUUAUAUUAGAAACAAACAAGACAAUCCUACUAUUGAUAGUUUGUGCCUUGCAGUAUUAGAAAUCUUGCACUUAAUAUCGUGUGUGAGAACACCUGGAUAGAAACAGCUGGCUUCUUACCUGUCAGACAUGUAGAAAGAGUCACCAGGAUCCCUCUUAUUUGACAAAAUCAUGUCUCUGCUCAUGUUAUGGGACAUUUACCGUCUUUUUAUUCAUGUCUUUAGUCGCCUUCAGAGAUCAAAGUUAAAUUGAACAUAGACCCGUGCCCUCGUUAUCGAUUAGCUAACCAAGAGAUGCAGAGAGGAAGGACUGUAGCUUGGAAAAAAAAGUCAUGAACAGUAAUUUUUAUGUCUUUUAUGAGUAAAUAAAAACUAUUUCAAAGAACUUGUGUU